AUGUCUCAGCAAAACAAUGGCGGUCUCCUUGGUGGCCUAGGCGACACCCUCGGUAAAACAGUUGGCGGUGUUACCAACACUCUCGGCGACACGGUUGGCGGCCUCGGACAGACAGUCGGCGGCGUCACAUCCGGCUUGGGUCAGACAGUCUCGGGCGCAACCGAGGGCCUGGGAAAUACAACCAAGAGCGCUGGGCAGGGCAUUCAAGGAGGCUUCCAGAGCAUCGGUGGACAGAACCAGACCGCGGACAACCCGCUAGGCUUGAGCCGCUAG